AUGCCUUCCUCGCUCGCGGUCUGCGUGACAGAGUGGUGCCUUUGGUCGGUCGCCGUGUCGGCCUUCAGCCUGCGCGUCUUUGUGCGCCUGCGCAUGAGGACCGAGCGGCUUGUUCUGUCGGACUUCUGGCUAUUCAUGGGCCUCGUGAGCUCGACGGCGGUCGUAACAUGCGACACGAUGACUUUUGCGUGGGGGUAUCUGGAGCCCAUAGAGCCGGGCAGCAGUUAUCCAGAAACCAUUCUCAAGCUUCAGUAUGCGACGAGCUACCUCUUCGACACGGGUCUCUACUUCACCAAGUUUUCCAUCUUGUCCUUCUACUGGGUCCUCGUCGACCGCACGAGCCUGGGGAUGCGCCGCGCCUUGUACGCGCUCGCGUUCAUCGCCGGAGGUUUCUGGAUCGCGACCGUCUUUGCCGACACGUUCUGGUGCGGGCGGAAUCCGUCCGUCAACUGGAUCUACGAUGGCGUGGACGAAUGUACCGUGUUCCUGUCUGUUGAUGCCAUAACGCUAAACUGGUCUUUCCAGUUCGUCACCGAGGUCCUCAUCUUCCUCUUCCCCUUUCCAAUCAUAUGGAAAGUUCAAAUCAACCAUCGUGCCCGUGUCGCCGUAUACGCACUCUUGGGCCUUGGUGCCGUAACCAUCAUGACAACCGUCGGACGGAUGGUCGCCUACAGCCAGAUCCUGAAGAGCGAUUCCAACGACUACAGGUCACUUUAUAUAUGGGCGACAGGCGAAUACACCACGUCCAUCGUGGUCGUGUCCCUAGCCGGCUGCCGGCCGAUCCUGGGCAAGAUCCCCAGCAUCCUGGCGGCGUUCAAGCGCACGAUCCUGCACAAGACGGGCUCGAGCGGCACGGACCGCACGCGGACGUGCAGCCGCUCGGGCGGGGGCGGGGGCGGCGGCACGGCGGGGGCGGCGGCGGGGUCGGACCAACAGAACCACGCAAACAUGGCCGAGAACGCACCGCCGGUGAUGACGGGGUCGAGGAUGAGCGGCGCGGGGUGGCGCCUGAGCGCACACAACCAGCAGGGCGCGGGCGGGGUCAGCGUCGGCGGCGGGAGUACGCGGCUCAGCGGCGUGCCGAGGCACUGGAUCGACGUGCUCGACACGGCGACGCUGUUUGGGGACGACGACGAGCCCGGAGCCGCCGGCCGAGGGAGCAGCAGGAAGAGCAGCAGGAAUCAGAUGCCCAAGGACGAGGAGUGGGCCGACUCGGCGCAAGAUGGAGGGUCGGAUGGUAACCCCGGGCCGUCCGAGUCGGAGCCGACGCCCGGCCAGGACGACGUGGCGGAGGUUGAUGGCCAGGCCCAUGUCGAGCCCAGGCCAACGACGGGAGUCGCUCAGGCUUCUCGCAAGACUGCGCCGGGUGAUGACAAAGAAAAUACCCCAUGA